AUGGCGGGGGAUGUGGGCGGUCGCAGCUGCACGGAUUCGGAGCUGCUGCUGCACCCGGAGUUGCUGUCCCAGGAGUUCCUUCUCCUCACCCUGGAGCAGAAGAACAUAACUGUUGAAAAUGACAUGAGAGUAAACAAAGACAGUCUGACUGACCUUUAUGUUCAGCAUGCAAUACCACUGCCUCAGAGAGAUUUGCCAAGGAAUAGAUGGGGAAAAAUGAUGGAAAAGAAGAGAGAACAACACGAGAUAAAAAAUGAGACAAAAAGGAGUAGCCCCGCAGAUGGGCUGCGGAAAAGACCUCUCAUUGUGUUUGACGGAAGUUCAACAAGCACAAGCAUUAAAGUGAAGAAGACGGAGAACGGGGGCAGCGACCGGCUCAGGCCCCCGCCCCAGGCAGGCGCUGCCAGGAACGCCUUUGGGAGACUGUCAGAUUCCUCGUCAGGUGUUUCGCCCCUAGUUCUGUCUUCCGCUUUGCCUAUGAACAAUAAAAUGGAACAGAGUAAUAAUGACACUGAACAGAACCAUGGCUUAAGGCACAGGAAAAGUCCUUCGGGCCCUGUGAAGUCGCUGCCUCUGUCGCCGGUGGGAGCCACUCCUGUGAAGUUAAAGCGAGCUGCCCCCAAGGAGGAGGCUGAGGCCACGAUUAACCUGAAGCCCCCAGAAGCCAAGAGGAAGAUACAGCAUGUGACAUGGCCGUGA